UUUGUGGCUGAAAGGAAAGACAGUGAAGUGCAAGAUCUGGGUUCUCAUUCCGUAAACACAGAGGAGGAGCAACCGUUUGGAUGUUAACAUGACCCUGAAUAUUCACAGGAAGUGUACUAUAAACUAAGACCUUGUCGACGAUGUUUACCAGGUUGUUGUUUGUCACAGCACAGAGAAAAACAUUCAGGCUAAAUGCUAAGGGCAUUAUCGUCUGUGAACACGGGGCAGUAGAGUCCAGCAUUCACUUUAUUGUUUUACGUGAUUCAGAAGAACGGAUACGUGGUGAUGGUACUUGGUAACGACAUUCCACAAGUUGCGGUUUACUGUUUAAAGAUCUAGAGGGAUGUCAGCUGAGCUCCAGCCUGUAAGAGCCACCAUGGCCACGCUGUCUGUCUGCUUGCUCUGUUUGUGUCACAGCGCUCCCACCUCCCUGAGGGAACAACUCAUGCAGCAUGAGGAGUCUCAGCGCACUGGGGGGAGCCUGCUGCUGACCGGGACAGAGGUGCAGGUGAGCAGCCUGCUCCGCAGCCUGAUGGAGCAGGAGCUGGAAGCCUGGCAGCGCUCUGGGAAAUUCCCUCCAGCAAUGCACUUCUUCAGGGCCCGCAAGCUCAUUGAACAGAGCCCGGUCUUCAAGCUCAUACAGAGAAUGCCCAAAGGAGCUGCCUUGCAUAUUCACGACUAUAGUAUUCUGAGGGUUGACUGGUUGAUCAGAAACGCAAGCUACGUUUCACACUGCUAUAUCUGUUUUACCACCAAGAAUUCGGUGAGAUUUCACUUUUUUGCGAAAGACCCCCAGACCAGACUGCCAAACUGUUCCGACUGGCUUCUACUCGAGACCCUAAGGAAAAAAAUCAGCAACGUCAACGAAUUUGAUAACAGUUUAAUCAGAAACCUCACCCUCUUCACAGAGGACCCAGAGGCUACCUAUCCUUCCCAGGAUUCCAUCUGGCGCAAGUUUGAGGAGCUGUUUGGAGUAGCCUCGGGCCUUAUCUCCUAUGCCCCAGUGUUCAAAGCCUACUUCUACCAGGCUCUCCUGGAGUUCUACCAGGAUAACGUCAUGUACAUCGAGCUCAGGGUGAUUCUGCCACCGUUCAAUCGAGCCACAAAGUGUGCAUCACCCAGCAUUUCACCGGGACCCACACUGGAACUUUUACACAUGCAAGUGUACGAACUGGACGGCACGACUCAUGAUAAGGAUUGGUCCAUGGCUGCCUAUCGGGACGUUGCCAAGCAGUUUGUUGCAGCUCAUCCUGAUUUCUUGGGCGCUCAGUUCAUCUUCACAACACACAGGAAUCAAGAUGUUUCUAAAAUCAAAGAGGCUAUUGACGUAGCCUUGCAUUUAAAAGAGAAAUUCCCUGACAUCAUGGCGGGAUUCGACCUGGUGGGGCAGGAGGAUGAGGGUCACCCUCUCUGGUACUUUAAAGAGCCACUCUCCAUCCCUGCUCUGAAGGGAAUCAACCUGAUGUACUUCUUCCAUGCAGGAGAGACCAACUGGAAGGGCUUGGAUGUGGAUGAGAAUGUGCUUGAUGCUCUUGUGUUGAACACCUCCCGCAUUGGGCACGGCUACGCUCUGGUGCAUCACCCCGCUGCCAGGGAGCUGGCCAGGAAAACCGAGGUCCCAGUGGAGAUCUGCCCCAUCUCAAACCAGGUCAUGCAGCUGGUUUCAGACCUGCGGAACCACCCAGCCUCCACUCUGAUGGCUGAAGGCUACCCCAUGGUUAUCAGCUCAGAUGACCCAGCCAUCUUCGGCGCCAAAGGCCUGUCCUAUGAUUUCUACGAGGCCUUCAUGGGGAUUGGAGGGAUGAAGUCAGACCUGAGGACUCUCAAACAGCUGGCGACCAAUUCCAUCAGGUUCAGCGCCUUGUCUGCAGAGCUGAAGGCAAAGGCGACAGCACUCUGGCAGAAGCAAUGGGAGCAUUUCAUCAAUGAGACAAUGGCACUGGAGGAGCAGGGCUGCUGAAACCUUUCUAGAAAGAGUAGUUUUUUUUUUUUUUUUUUUUUUUUUUUAAUUUUACUGGCCCCUUUGUGGUCUUUGCCAUCACACACACACACACACAGACAGUGCUACCCUGUUAUAACGUGACCUUUUAGUGCAGUUUCGGUUAUAACAAGGUAAGGUUGUGGCUCUCAUUUCCCCCCAUGUUGCAAAUUGUUUUGUUUUUUCUCCCAAAUUAGAAUAGCCAAUUACUUUUAGGUUUGCCGCUACCACCCCUGUACUGACCUCAGAAAGGUGUGCCGUCAGUCGAUCACUUCUUUUCACACUGCAGUCCCACCAUGCAGCCAUCUCAGAGCUACAGCGUCGGAGGACAACACAGCUCUGGGCA